AUGGCGCCCUCGAUGGAGUCCAAGAAGCGCAAGGCUAUCACGAAAGAUAUUGAGACAGACACGCACGUUGUGUCUGGAGAGGAGUUUCGCUUAGACUCCUCCGCGUCCGAGAGCUCAGAGGAAGAUUCAGAGAUUGAACUUAUUGAUGAUUUCAGUGGUGAAAGCGAAGACGAGUCCAUAGACGGUGACCUGGCAUCAAAAGGUCAGCUGCCGGUUCAUGCUAAGAGUGGGAAGCUAGGAAAGUCCGGAGAGAUUGCAUUUCAGGACGAGGACGACGAGGACGAAGAAACUGUCAAUUUUCGAAUUACGAAGGAUGCGAAUGGCAACGAUCGAUAUAUAUAUGAUGAGAUAAACCCCGACGACAACUCAGAUCUCUCUGAAGUGGACGAAGAUGCUAACACGAUUGGCAACAUCCCCACCUCGUUCUACGAUGCUUACCCCCAUAUUGGAUAUAACAUCAAUGGAAAGAAGAUUAUGCGGCCUGCCAAAGGAGAAGCAUUGGAUGCGCUUCUUGAUACUAUUGAGAUACCCAAGGGCUGGACAGGAUUGACUGAUCCGGCCACAGGAAAGCCGCUGCAAUUGAGCCAGGACGAGCUAACCCUCCUCAGCAAGCUACAGAUGAACGAGGUCACCCAGGAUGGAUACGACCCAUAUCAGCCCACUGUGGAAUAUUUCACAAGUAAAGAAGAGAUUAUGCCCUUAAGCGCCGCCCCUGAACCCAAAAGGAGAUUCGUGGCUUCCAAACAUGAAGCUAAACGAGUGAUGAAGAUAGUAAAAGCGAUAAGAGAAGGAAGAAUAUUACCAUACAAGCCACCACCAGAGGAGGAUGAUUCGCAGGAUAAUAUCCAAACGUUCGAUCUCUGGGCUAAUGAGACUCCGCGCGAAGAUCACCCGAUGCACAUUCCAGCACCAAAACUGCCACCACCAGGUUACGAAGAGAGCUACCACCCUCCACCUGAAUAUCUACCUGAUGAAAAAGAGAAACGAGCCUGGGAGAAACAGGACCCAGAGGACCGCGAAAAAUCAUUCUUACCCAGAGAUUAUGGCUCACUCAGGAAAGUUCCUGGAUUUGAAGCCUUCGUUAAGGAGAAAUUUGAGCGUUGCCUGGACCUAUAUUUGGCACCCAGAGUACGCCGGAAUAAACUAAAUAUCGACCCGAGCAGCUUGCUUCCAAAAUUGCCAAGCCCAGAGGAGUUAAAGCCCUUCCCUACCACCUGCUCAGCGCUAUUCCGAGGCCACAAAGGCCGCGUUCGGAGUGUUGCAGUUGACCCGACGGGGCUUUGGCUGGCUAGUGGUGGAGAUGAUGGUACGGUUCGAGUGUGGGAGCUUCUUACAGGACGUCAACUGUGGAGUGUACAAUUGAAUGAUGAAGGGGCUGUCAAUGUUGUUCGGUGGAGGCCUGGAAAGGAUGCCGUUUUGCUGUCUGCUGCGGCAGGAGAGUCUGUAUAUCUAAUGAUACCGGAUAUUCUAAGCCCCAAACUUGAAUCAGCGAGUCUCGACGUGGUAGAUGCCGGAUGGGGCUACGCAGCUACGGCAUCCAAAGGUGCUCAAAACACCGAGCAAAAAGGAUCCAAGGUCCAAUGGACUCGCCCUCUACCCUCGCUCGCCGAAAAUGGGGUUUAUGCUACCAUACCCCUAGGACACAUUGUUAAAUCGAUAUCAUGGCAUCGACGUGGUGAUUACUUUGUCACUGUUUGCCCUGCGUCAGCAACUCCCGCCUCGGUCGCGAUUGCAAUCCACACCCUUUCAAAACACUCAACACAAUACCCUUUCCGCAAGCGCAUCAAGGGAGGCGGUCCUCCCCAGACAGCCCAUUUCCAUCCUGCCAAACCCAUCCUCUAUGUGGCAAACCAACGUACCAUCCGAUCUUAUGACCUGUCUCGUCAGACUUUGCUGAAAAUCCUCCAACCCGGCGCCCGCUGGAUUUCAUCAUUCGACAUUCAUCCUACCUCAUCCGCUAUCUCAGGGGACAAUCUGAUUGUAGGAUCCUAUGAUCGUCGUCUGCUAUGGCAUGAUGUUGACCUGUCAGAUCGUCCAUAUAAAGCUUUACGUUACCAUAGCAAGGCGAUUCGUGCGGUGAAAUACCACCAGCGUUACCCGCUUUUCAUCGAUUCUAGCGAUGAUGGUCUCCUUCAGAUUUUCCAUGGCAGCGUCACUGGUGACCUAAUGAGCAAUGCAAAUAUUGUCCCAUUGAAAGUCCUUCGUGGUCAUAAAGUUGUUGGAGAUUUGGGCGUACUUGAUGUUGACUGGCAUCCUAGGGAGGCAUGGUGUGUUAGCGCCGGUGCAGAUGGUACUUGUAGACUUUGGAUGUAA